UUUAAAAUAGUAGUUGUUAGUGUUAGCUAUGAAGCAGGUGACAUUCCUUUCUUUGAGAGAUACUGUUUGAGAAAUUUAAAAAUAAUAUUUACGUUUUAUAAAUUUUUUGAGCCAAAAAUGAACCACGGUGUUGUUCUGACUAAAUUUCUGCGAAGGUUACCCUGUCAAAAUUGCAUCGUUAGGUAUUUCGAAGACGAAUUCUGUUCCACCGCCGACAAAAAAAAAGGUUUAGUGCUUGGAGCAUAUGAUGGUUGCCACGAAGGCGAAUACAGGCUAACAGCUGCUGGAGAAAAAUACGAUGUCGAGUUAGGGGGCAGAAUAUCGAGUUUACUUAAACAAUCUGGUAUUCAGCUAGGUGAGACAGUGAUCUACAAUAAUUUAGGCGCGGAGUUUUAUGCAGUUGCUGUAUCCGCGCUGGGCCAAGAAGGCCUCGGCUACAAUGAGAUCGAAUGCCUGGAGGAAUGCAAGGAGAACAUCCGAAUCGCUUCUGCAGUGGGGGCUAAAGCUCUGCAAGAGCAGCAUGGUCUUCCGAUCGUGAUGGUUGAAGGUUUCACCAACCCUGAAGCAGCAGCGGAAGGAGCCAUCCUAUCCGUUUGGCGCUACCAAGAGCAAAAAACCAACGUUGCCCGCAAAGUUGUCGAGCCCGUCCUCGAACUGUACGAUGACCCUGAUAGAGAAUCCUGGGAUAGGGGAAUGGUGAAAGGUGGGGCUCAGAAUGUCGCUCGUUAUCUGGAAGAAAGCCCCGCCAACAUCAUGACUCCAUCGAAAUUCGCUAAAUCGGCUAUAGACAUACUCUGUCCGUGUGGAGUCUCUGUCGAAGUAAAAGACAGGGAGUGGAUAAUGGAAAAGAACAUGUGCGCGUUUCUCGCCAUGGCACGCGGUUCGUACGAGGCCCCACUCAUGCUCGAAAUGAGCUACUGCGGUGGAAGCGAAGACGACAAGCCGGUUGUUCUCAUAGGAAAAGGCAUCACCUUUGACAGUGGUGGAUUGUGCUUGAAACCCUGCGAGGGAAUGGCGGAAUUCAGAGCUGACAUGGCCGGUGGUGCAGUUGUUAUCGGAGUGUUAAAAGCUCUGGCUAUUCUAGGUAUUCCUCUCAACGUGACAGGAUUGGUACCGCUGUGCGAAAAUAUGCCUGGCGGGAUGGCGAUGAAGCCCGGAGACAUAGUCUAUGGCUGGGAAGGGAAAACGAUCAAAAUCGAAAAUACGGAUAAAGAAGGACCUGUGAUACUGGCAGACAUCCUCGGCUUUUCGACUACCUUCAAGCCCUGCCUCGUCAUCACUAUCGGGACCCUAUCCCGAGCUACGAGAGCUGCUCUCGGCACCAGUACUUCCGCCGUUUUUGCAACGUCAGAUGUCGUCUGGAGAGAAAUGGCGAGGGCAGGGGCAGAGACUGGAGACCGGGUCUGGCGACUGCCGAUGUGGAAACACUACGCCAACAAAAUAUUAAAAAGAACGGACGUAGAUGUUUGCAAUGUUGGCCUGGGCAUCGGAGGCGAUCCUUGCCUCGCUGCAACGUUUCUCCUUGAAUUCGCGCCGGCUGUUGAUUUUAUGCAUGUUGACAAUACUGGGACGGGUAUGGAAGCGUCUGAGAUGGCACCGCCGUACCUGAGGCCUGGCUACAUGACAGGUCGGCCUACGCGGACCAUCGUACAGUUCCUCAACCAAAUGGCCUGCCCGCAAGAUAAGUCGGUGUGUUGACCUAUUUGCCAAAAACUGAAAAUCCUAGAAAAAAACGACAAUAUCACCGUUGAUCGGGAAAAAAGAAAUUAUCUAAAAAAUUACAAUAAAGCAAAAAUUGACAAAGAAA